AUUAGUUCCACUUCACGGGGUCAAUCUGGUAGAUGAAGCACUUUAACUUACGAUCACUCUUCACUGGCAUCUUGAAAGUUUUCCUGAGUUCAGGUGGGGGUAUUGUAGGAGGAGCAGUGUCUGUGCUGGGCUUUUGUAAAGACUCUGUGGUAUCUGAAAGCAAUUUCGCUGAGAGUGGAUCAAUAAAGAGAAAAGACAACGUGGAACGAAAUGAUCAUUCAACCAAUUUACCUAUUGCUUCUGAGCGCGAUGGGAAAUCAAGCAGCUCUGCCGAGUGAUCCGGCUUUAUGGACUUGUUGCCUGACAUGUGUUGAGAAGGACGAAAAACGGAAAGGCAGGAAAAACCAGUCACCUCCAGAACGAAGUGUUUUAAAAAAUUGUGAGCGAGUUUUCUACAAUUAGUGAACCGCUUGGAAUACAAUGGUCAGAGAAGCCGAUCCUUCCCUCAACGAAAAGCAAUUCGUGCUUCAAUCACUCAAAGAAGGCCUUCGUGUUGAUGGUCGACGACCGUACGAUUUCCGAUCCCUGCAACUUUCGUUUCACUCAGAUUUCGGUCAUGUACAGGUUCAAUUAGGCCGAACGAGAGUAUCUGCUAAAGUUAGUGCAGAGGUUGUACGGCCGCGAGCAGAUAAGCCAACUGAAGGAUUGUUAUUGUUCAAUACCGAAAUAUCACCAAUGGCAUCGCCUGCAUUUGAAGUCGGCCGCCCUUCAGAAGAGGAAGUUCUCAUUAGUCGAACAAUUGAAAAGGCUUUACGACGUAGCCGAGCGGUUGAUACAGAAGGAUUGUGUAUUGUUGCUGGCGAAAAGGUAUGGUCCAUACGCGUGGAUUUGCACUUUUUCGACCAUGAAGGCAACCUUGUAGAUUGUGCUUGCAUUGCUGCCAUCACUGCACUUUUACAUUUUCGGCGCCCUGAUGUGACCGUCAUAGGCGAGGAAGUCACUAUUCAUUCCUUAGAUCAAAGAAACCCUGUACCACUGAGCGUACAUCAUAUCCCUAUAUGCGUUUCAUUUUCUUUCUUUGAUGGAGGAGAAUUAUUAGUUGUGGAUCCAUCAAUAUUGGAAGAGCAGAUUAGAGAAGGAGAUAUGACCAUAGCCAUGAACAUCCAUAAGGAAAUUUGUGCAUUAUCAAAGGCUGGUGGAAUACCUUUGGAGAUGGAUCAAAUUAUUCGAUGCUCUAAAAUUGCCACUACAAAGACCGCUGAAAUCACUGAAAUGAUCCAGAAAGCACUAGCCGACGAUAAAGCCAAGCGACAAGCAAAAUAAUAGAUUUCUCCACGAACACCUUCACAACCUGCCUUUUCGCAGAUACCUCGCCCGUCAUCAACCUAAUAAAGUUUUCUAUUUGAAAAGAGAUCAUAUCAGAGCAAUGGUAUUAGCUUUCCGUGUUAUCAAUGGCG